AUGCUCUCCGAGUUCCUUAGUCAGCUGGUGGCGGAGUUCGUCGGCACCUUUUUGCUGGUUCUGACCAUCACACUAGCUUCUGUCGGAGUGGGCGCGCUCGCGCCUAUUCCCAUUGGUUUUAUGCUGGCGGCGAUGUGCUUCACUUUUGGCUACAUCAGCGGCGCGCACUUCAACCCCGCCAUCUCCUUCGCCGUUUUCAUCAAUCGCAAAAUGACGCUGCGUCGAACGGUGAUGUACAUAGUUGUGCAGCUCGCCGGCUCCUUCUGCGCCUCACUCUACGCGUCCGCAAUCAUCGGACUCGAGAUCCCAGCACCGGUUGCGAACGGCAACUUGGCGAACACUUGGCAAGUGCUGCUGUGCGAGCUUGUGUACACGUUCGCUCUCACCUCGGUGGUGCUGCACGUCUGCUUCUCUCGUCAGCGUUCGAAUGACUUUUACGGCUUCGCUAUCGGCAUGACGCUCAUGGCGGCCGGGUUCUCGGUCGGCGGGUUCACCGGCGGCGCCUUCAACCCAGCCGUCGCCACAGGCACGCAGCUGGUGUUGUGCGUAUACAAGAAUUGCGACCCGCUCUUCUACGUUUGGGUGUACUGGAUCGCCCCCAUCUGUGGCGCCUUCAUCGCCAGCGCCAUCUAUCAGCUGCUGGACACGCACGAAUGUGUGCCGGUGGGGUUAGGCAAGGAGGCGGUGUAUUGA